AUGGCCGAACCGGAUGAGCUCUUCACGCUAAAGAAUCAGCUCUGGGUGGGCAACUUCCAGAACACGCUGAGCGAGGGUACCAUGCUCAACCACGUGGGCGAGGCGCUGCGCAACGAGCGCGACGUAUACGUAUACCGCGCGCAAUUAGCGCUAGGCAACUUUCCCCUUGUGCUCCAGAGCAUCCCGGACGCCGGCAAUACACCCAUUGCGCUGAGCGCUGUAAAGCUCUGGGCUACGUACCUCAGUGGUCAGAGUGACAAGGAAAUGAUUGAUCUGACGCUCAAGGAGUGGCUGGCCGACCCCACGAGCGGUGAGAACGCGCACCUGUUGCUGAUCGCCGGCCAGAUCUACGCACGCGAAGGCAAACUCUCGGAUGCGCUGUCGGCGUUAACCCGCGGCGGCUCGCUCGAGCAUAUGCUGUACAUUGUGCACUUAUACCUUCAGAUGGACCGAUUGGACCUGGCUCAGAAGACUGUGCAGGAGAUGAAGCGCAUUGAGGAAGACUCGACGCUCACGCAGCUGGCACAGGCCUGGUGUUUGACGCUGCAGGGCGGCGACAAGGCUGACGAGGCCACGCUGCACUUUCAAGAACUUGCAGACAGGUUUGGAUCCACUCCUCUGCUGCUGAAUGGCGCUGCAGCGGCCUUUAUGGCGCUCAAGAACUACAUUGAGGCCGAGCGACUGCUGCUUGAAGCCGUCCAGAAGGACCCUAGUAAUGAGGACACGUUGAUCAACCUGAUUGCAGUCAGUGCUCAUUUGAGCAAACCCACGCACCAGUACAUCGUGCAGCUACAGCAGGUCGCGCCGUCAAGUUCGUGGCUUGAAAACUUCGUGAUGUUGGACCGGGGCUUCUCUGAGAUGGCGGCCACUUUUGCGUGA